CCAGAGGUGGUGGGGAUGGUUGAUCAUGGAUGACAGAGCAAAUCAGUGUGGGUCAGAUUUGUAUGUACUACACACAGUGUAUUGAGUAGUACUAUUUUAAGUAACGAGUGUUCAAUACAGAGUGUAACUCUACUGAUAAUUUCUAUCAACUGAUCUAUAAUAAUCGAUACAUCAGAGUUGUUAACUGUAUGUGAACAGAAUAAUAAAAGCGGCUGAAAUCUAACCUCGACUCGUAUUAGAGAAAAUAGUUUGACAUGCGCCUACGUAACGUGUGUUGGAUAUACGAAUAACGCAUGUACAUGUAAUAACCUGUACUGGAUUGGUUAUAUUGUUACACGAUGGCUACUGGGAAGCGAAGAAAUGUGCAUACUACGCUUGGCAAUACCACAAUGUUUGGUUCAACAGCAAGCAAUCUAAGGUCGAGCCGUUUGAACUUCCGUCCAAACUCAUCUCAGGAGGACAGAGGUGGAACUCGACCGACCGCUGCUCCGAGUUCUAUAGGUCUAAUUCUCGUAACAAUGUUUUUACAUGUUUGCAAGAAAUCAUUACUAUUCGACCCAAGACUCAAGGUUGCUAUAUAUUGUGGUGCGAUAUUCAUAGUAUCGAUCAUAGCGGACUUUAUUACAAUGCCAAGAACAUAUUUCUCACGUUCAGAUAACAUGCUGAACCAAUAUUUCGUGAAGUGGGGAUGGGGGUGGCUGCUGACCGUAACCGUUCCAUGGGUUGUGUUGACUGCGCAUACACUCGGCUGCGGUCGUCGGUCUAUUUUAUUAAAACACCUUGCCAGAUUAGGCCUGGCAACGAUCGCAUGGUUAUUAUGGAUCAAAUUGUUUAAUUAUAUCGAGACGAAUUACGGUCGAUGUCUUAAUACGAGAGACGUACUAUUGCAAACAAAAGCAAAGUGCCUUCAGUCCGGCAAAUUCUGGAGUGGUCUCGACAUAUCCGGACACACGUUCAUCCUGAUAUAUUCAAGUUUAAUUCUAGCAGAAGAGGGCUCCUCAUUAGUUGGAUGGGAGGGUAUAAAAGAUUUAAUUAUGCGAGAAGAGCAUUCACGAACUACUCCGAAUGAUCCCAGUACCGGACCGCUUCGGAAUUUGUCGAAUUCGGAUUUAGAGUUCUUAAAGAAGGCGCACAAAGCGCUCACCCCCUAUCUCAGGGGUCUGUUCGUCGCGAUGACGCUGCAACAAUUACUAUGGGACAUUAUGUUGAUAUCUACAAUGCUAUAUUAUCAUAUUAUGAUUGAAAAAUUCAUUGGUGGUGUGGCCGCCGUUUUAACGUGGUACGUCACGUAUCAGUGGUGGUAUAAAAUGCCGAAAAAUACGUUACCUCCACCUGGUGAGGGUUUAUUUAAAUAUAAUGAGGUGAAGAUUCAUGAUAACAACACUACUAUUAGAUCGAGGCGCAGCACUUUAAAUGGUACAAACAGAUUUAUGGGACUUCCAAUUCGCACGAAUCAAGAUAACACUGAUGCAAAUGGUGUCAAUAGACCAUUAGAAACUGACGCAACUAGCUCUAGAUUAUAAAAAUAAUGAAAUACCCCUAACUUCUUUUUUUUAUUGGUUGGAUUGGUCGAAGUUGUCGGUGUUUUAGGUAACUUUCUUAUAAUUACAUUUCUCAAUACAAUUUUCCUGAAUUGUAUAAUAGUCUUAUUUAUUAGUUGUACGAUGUAUCAACGGGAAAAGUUUACUAAACCAAACUUAGGAAGUGAUUUUAUAUUACUUGGGGAAGGGGUUUACUCAACUGUUGGGGUAUUUGCCAAUUUUGAAUACGUAUUUGAAAUCAUCAACGCAUUUUUGGUGAUAUUUUAUGUAAAUAAAAGAAAUGACUACUUUUGCGAUAGAAAUUUGAAUUAAAUUACGUAAGUAUCUGAAACAAUUGUCAUUUAUCUUGGAUAGGCUAUACAAUAUACUGAAACAAAGUACGUAUUUCUUUUCUACCUCUGUAUGGAUUGUUCAACCAAUCACACUAUAUCUACAUAAUACAAUCAUUGUUAUGGAUAUACCUUUUCUGACCUUGUUUUGUAAUUUGUAUUUAAUAAACUUUAUUGUUAACAAAGUGAUUCUCCCAUUAGUAGAUAAGGGGUUUGCAGUACGAAUUUAAUAUAAUCUGUCAUCGAAAGUACAAAAUACAUUGUCACAUCCGUUGUGUGUGUGUGUUUUCAUUUUCACAUAUUUAUCAGGUGUUAUGUAUUUUACUACUGUUGCAUGUAGAAUUUAAUUCACUAGCCUAUAAAAAGUUGUAUAAAAGAAUACAUUUUUCUUAAUAGUUUUUCGCAUCGCUACGUUCGUCCAACAAAUUUUAUAUUUUUUUUGUGUAAUUACUAUUUUAAGAAUAGUACAAAAUUUGAUAGUAGUUACAUACUUGGAUAGUUUCUGGUGACAGUAUUAUACGACUUCACCCUUUUGUGUGCAAUAAACAUAACAUAAAAAGCA